UGGCUGCUUUGCUUCCGCCGUGAGAGAUAGUGUCACACAUGGGUUAGCCGCUCAUAUGCUUUUCCGAGGCUACGAACCGGGUUCGCCGCUGCCGGCCCCAAUGCGGAGGGGCCCGGGAAAUGAAAGAUCCAAGUCCCGCACCAGCGGGGAACUUCGAUGAGCCGAUCGCAUCGCGCGUGCCCUCACAUUUUCACGUUACAGAUCAGCCCGAUACCUUCGCCCUCUGCUUGUUCGGUCCGUUCACACCCAGUCGAAUGUCUGCAGACGGUCAUUUUGCUUCCCGUUUGUGUUCCAAUCGACAGCAACAGUGUUAACGGCGAAACGAACCCUGCGCAACACCUUGCGCCUAGCGAUCAAUGACGGAGAAAAGUGCGGCGUCAACGGGUCCAGGCCCCGAUCAACAAACCAGCAAUGGGACAGCGGAGAGGAAACCGGAUGUGACAGAGGAGGAACAGACUGGGGCAGAUGCUGGUGCGAAAGACAACUCGCAGAAUACACCGUCUCUCAAGACUGAGGGUGCUGCUGCCGGGGCUCACCCAAGUCCCAAAAAACGUCGCAAAGUCAAUCAUGCAUGCGUUUACUGUCGGCGAUCGGUAAAGUCUUUCCCCUCAAACAAGAUCACCUUCCUCGCCCCUCACUUCAAUCAACCCGAACAAACAUCGCCUUUGAUACUUGCACUCGCUCGCGUGGCACAGCAUAUGACUUGCGACUCGGAGCGACCCUGCACGCGAUGCAUAAAACGGAAUAUUGGCCACCUUUGCCACGAUGAACCUCGGGAACCUUCAAAACGGUCGCGGAGUGAAAACGAUCAUUCGGCUGCCGAUGACGAGGGCUCUUCGAAUAAUGAGUACUCUGGUGUCCAGAUGCCCAGAAACGUCGACGGCCCAGAAGCUGCAGGUCAGCAAAUGCUACCCGACGGGUCCAUCGGCCUACCCACCGCUUCUGUAACUUCUGUGCAGCAGCCUGGCAACAUGGCUUCUUCUGGCCAGGGUCUUAAUGCUCAACAGCAAAUGAUUGGGUACAACGAAUGGCUUGGUGGACAAAGCCAAUUCCAGGACAUGCACACGUUUCACCCUUCCUACAUGUUCAAUGCACCAGAGGUCACUAAUGAGUACAACCUCCUUGGUGACUUUCUGAGCAAUAGCCUUUUGGAUGAUGGAGGAGUGUUUCAAAAUGAUGAGCUGCAGGGUAUUUACUCGGACCCGUCAUUACUCAAUUCUAUGGCGACUCUGGGAAACUCAAGUCAAAGCCUUCUUCAGCAGUCCCAACCUGCGCAACCCCAACCUAAUCAACAGGCUCAGGGCGAACCUUUACAAGGGCCUACACCUGCAGUGAGCAAUGACAAGGCGAGAGAGACCUAUUACAUGACCGCAGCAGAUCCAUCAGGGUCCGACCCGCCAGAGGAGCGGAUGAACAAGCUUCUUAAAGCGAAAUACGACGCGGGACUCCUUCGCCCAUUCAACUAUGUGAAGGGUUAUGCCAGGCUGAAUCAAUAUAUGGAGCGACACUUGCAACAAGUCUCGCGGCAGAAGAUCCUCCGACAAUUAGAUAAAUUUCGGCCGAAGUUUCGUGAACGAAUGCAGAGCCUGACCGACAUUGAACUCAUCCUCGUGGAGAUGUGGUUUGAACGAAGCCUGAUGGAAUAUGAUCGAGUUUUUGCCAGUAUGGCUAUUCCUGCUUGCUGCUGGAGACGAACGGGUGAAAUAUUCCGUGGCAAUAAAGAAAUGGCAGAGUUGAUCGGCGUACCGAUUGAGACUCUCCGAGACGGAAAGCUUGCAAUCCACGAGAUCAUCGUGGAAGACCAGCUAGUGAGCUACUGGGAGAAGUUUGGAGCUAUUGCCUUUGACAACACGCAAAAAGCCAUGCUCACAAGCUGCACCCUGAAAAACCCCAAUUCCAACUCCCCUGGAGAUGGAAUUCCCUGUUGCUUCUCAUUUACAAUCCGAAGAGAUACCCAUAACAUCCCAUCACUCAUUAUUGGGAAUUUUCUGCCGUCACAGCGAAAGGCCAAAUAA